GUGGGCGACCCGCCGGCGAUGAACAGCCCAGUUGCGAAGUCGGGGUGGACUUGCUCAAGCUGUUCCCCUUGCCGAGACUCCCCGACAUCAGGAGUCGCGAUGGCCGCCCACAGAGCCGCGGGGGAGGCAGGCUUGCCGGGCGGGCCCGCUGCGACUUCAGCGAUGCGGUGGGCGUUUUGAAUUGGUUUGCGAACCGACAGCACACCGGCGUCAAGCCGAAUUUUGACCAGCAGAGGGUGCACGCGCGGAUCCUCGACAUCGUGGCGGACAGCACGCCGCCCCAGGAAACCGCGAUCCCCUCGCCGCGGGCGGCCUUCAACGAGCUGCUGCACGGCCGGAGUGUCUACGACGAGUCGGCCGGACGGAACAUCGGGCGCCUUCGCAAUGUGGGGCAGAUACCCUUGCCUAUAAGACCGCGGAGGCUGUACGUACGUUUCAUCAGGCUGCUCAGAUCGAAGGGGGUGCUUGUCUUCCCGGACGAGUCCGAGCGGCGCGAGGAGGUCGGAGUUUUCUACGUUGCCAAGAAGAGCGACCAGUUCCGCAUGAUCGUGGACGCGCGGAAGAGCAACCUCCACUUCACUUCCCCCCCGGGCGUGGCCCUAGUUACCGCUGAGGGACUCGCGAGGGUGGCGGUGGGGCUCGACGGCAGCAGCAUGACCGGUGCGGCGGAGGGUUUCACGUUGGGGACGUCCGACAUCAGUGACGCCUUCCACCGCUUCCGCAUCGACCGCGGGCUGUCGGGCUACUUCUGCACGCGGCCGGCGCUCGCUGGCGAGGUGGGGCUGGCCGGCACCAAGCUGGGCGGCCGUCGUCUGGAGGCCGACGCCCGGCUGGUGCCGGCGUGCGCUGCGCUGCCCAUGGGCUUCACCUGGUCGCGGUUCUUCUGCCAGGAAGUGGGGGAGUCGAUGAUGAGCGACGCUCCUGAGCUGGCAGGGGUCCCCCGGAUGAGUGACUGGGGCCCCACCACGGUGCUGCAGCCGGCCAGGCCGCUGGACCACGGCGGAGGAGCGCAGUACACCUACGUCGACGACCUGGGCGUCCUGGGCUUUGACGCCGCCGCGGUGGCGGAGUGUCUGGGCGCCACCGCGACCCGCUUCAAUCAGGCCGGGCUCGUGACCCACGAGACGGAGCUCCAGGAGGGCCGCGGGGAGACGCUGGGCUGCGUGCUGGACGGCAAGGCGCUGAGCACCCGCCGCACGGCGAAGCGCUACUGGCGCGUGAGGCAGGGGCUCAGCUGGGCCCUUUGGUGUCGGGCUCUUCCCGGCUGGGCUUGGGAGGUGGUGAUCGGGCAUUGCACGUACUGCGCCAUGUGCUACCGCGACCUGUUGCCUGCGUUCACCGCCGUCUACAAGUUCAUCGCGGCGAACUACAGCCAGGGCGCCGCGCUGUGGGCUAGCGCCCGCGCGGAGCUCGUGGCCUUCCGAGGGCUGAUGCCGCUGCUGCGCGGCGACUGGGCCCUCCCCUGGAGCAAGUUGGCGUGCCUGUCCGACGCCUCGGAGCAUGGGUGCGCUGUGAGUGCCUCCCUCUUUGGUGAAGCGGAGGUGAAGAAGAUCGGGCGGGUGCAGGAGCGAUCUCGCUUCCGGCGCCUGGGCGGCCACUCGGCGCGUGCCCACUUCUUCGCCAUGAAUGGGAUUACCAUGACCCUCGGCGGGGCCCUCAAGCCAGUUACUGAGCUGGAGGAAGGAGACGUCGUCGCGGACGAUGCCGAGUGGGGUGUGAAUCCAGCUGUCGAGGAGAUGCCGGCGGGGAUCUUCAUGGGCGCCCGCUGGAUUGAGAUAGUCGCCCGAGGGUGGCAUAAUACCACGGAGGAUAUCUACGUAUACGAGUCUCGUGCUCUGCUUCGAGCGGUUGAGAUACAAUGUAGCCUGUCGCCGAGUGUCGGCGAGCACCUCGUCGUGAUGAGUGACAACCUGCCUGCAGUACUCUGCUCCGAGAGAAGGAGAGCGAAAAACUAUGUCGUCCUGUCCUGCAUCAGAAGGGCUGUGGCCCUAUGCCUGGCCCUGAACAGAUGGGUGACAACGACGGCGGUAGAGCAGCGAAUCGUAGGCUUACUCAACAUGAAGCGGAGCAUCGUGGAGCACACGAGCAUCAUCAUAAAGCACAUGAGCGCCAUGGCACAGCACAUGAAGCGGAACAUCAUCGAGCACAUGAAGCAGAACAUCGCAGAGCACAUGAACCGCGGGGGGCCGUGGCAGCUCCCGCCGCAGGCGCCCAGGGCUCGGCAUGCGCUGAUGAGUCAGCGCCAGCGGCGACUGCGGCCAGACAGCGUCGACGGCGCGCCCGCGCCCGAGAGGCCCGAGCGGCGUGCCAGACGCUCGCGGGCCAUGUCGCCGAGCGCGCUGCCCCCGCCGCUGGCCCCGCCGCCGGGGGCAGCCUCCGUGCUGCAGCGGCGCCGGUCGCUGGUGCCCCCGCCGGGCCUGGCGGCGCGGCUGCUGAGGCCGCCGCCGAUCGCGCGGGCAGAGAGCGGGGAGAACGACGCCACGACCAACCCAGAGGACGGGAAGGAGGCGUCAUGCCCGCUCGUCGUGGACAGCGUGGUGGACGCUGCACCCGUGCACUACACAAACGGGCUGCCCGAGGAGAAGCGCGGGGCGAACCGUGGCGAUGUCCUGCUGUCGGCCCUCUUGCACUUCCAGCCGCAGUAUGGCAAGUUUGGCAUCUCGCGCCCCCCCCGGGCCUGGCGCGCCCUGAAGGGCCUUUUGACCAUCCAGCGCCGCGACCUGGCCAAGCCAGUGAAGGGCGGCGUGGACGAGUGGUUUCUGAUCCUGUCCCCAGGCAGCCGAGGCGCCACCCGCAAGAACCGGGCGCAGGACGAAGGCAUCCGCCUGGCCAACAAGCUGUGCCCAUGGCUGCCGCGAGUGGCCUCAUCGCUUGCGCCAGGUACCCCAGUGUCCAGGGUGUCCCCGCACAGCCAUCCAGAGCUGGUAGCCGAGCCCAACCGCACACGAGCGAGGCUGGGGCACCACUCGCCGGUGCGCUACCAGGGGCGCCACGCGGGGGCGUCGGUGGACCUGCGAGGGCGCCACCGCGACCACCCCGAGCUGAUGAAACGAAGAGAGUGGCAGUACAAGUCGUCCCCGAAGUGGUGCGAGAACGCGGUCAGCUCGAACCUGUCCGUCUCGAUGCUGAUGCCUACCCAGGCGGCCCAGUUCAAGAAGACCGACGCCCAACUCGAGGCGCUCUCCUUCAACCGCGUGGCCGCCCAGCCCUUCGUGCCUCG